GAUGAUGAUGAUGAUGUUGAUGAUGAUGAGUUUUAUGAUGAUGACGAUGAUGAUGAUGAAGAUGAAGGUGCUGAUGAUAAUGGUAAUGAUGACGACGGUGAUGGUGAUGAUGAUGAUGAUGAUGAUGAUGAUGAUGAUGAUGAUGAAGAUGAAGAUGAAAAUGAUGAUUCGGAUGUUGAUGAUCAUGAUUAUGAUGGUGACGAUUAUGUGUGUUCGGAGUAUUCGGAUGAUGAUGAUGACUUUGAUUCGGAUGGUGUCGAUGCUGAGGGUGAUGACCUAGAUGAGGAAUAUCUCGAUGCAGAUGAUGACGAUGAAGAUGUUGAUGAUGAUGAAGAUGAUGGUGAUGAUAAUGAUGAUGAUGACGAUGAUGUUGAUGAUGAUAUAGAUGAUGUUGGCAAUUUCAGAGUGAUUUCGGAGGCCGGAGGUUUCAAAUUGACAUUCAUUCGCGUCAAGCAUACACGCACAGACCGUGUUCGUCACCCCCAAUUUGCUCGUGAUAUCGCCUAUGGCCCUCAUAAAUCACGUUCUAUCUGA